CGGGUUUUUAAAUGCACCGCGCAGCGCGGCCCGGCCGCCUCCUCGCUGCGGGCGCGCAAGACAAACGGAUCCGCUUCUUCUGACGCCGGGACCGCCCCGCCGGGACCGCUAAGCGCAGGAAGGCGGCAACGCCGAGGCAGGAAAGGGGCGGAGGGCCGUCGGGUGGGCCUAACUUCGCCGCACGGCCCAGGCAACGCUGCCUCUCUCCGCCUCCUCGCAGUCCCCCGGCGGCGCCUGCAGCAGCAGCAGCAGCGCUCUCUGUCCCGGCAGCGAUGGACGGCGAGCCGAGCGGCAAGGAGCCCGACGACGCCGACCAAGCUUACGGGACACCCCAAAAAUAUGACCCAACUUUCAAAGGCCCCAUAUAUGACAGGGGCUGCACCGAUAUCAUCUGCUGCAUCUUGCUUCUGGUUGCCAUUGUGGGCUACAUCGCUGUGGGAGUCGUGGCAUGGACACAAGGAGACCCCCGGAAGGUGAUCUACCCCACAGAUAGCCGUGGGCAGUUCUGUGGCCAGGCCGGAACCCCCAACGAGAAUAAACCUUUCUUGUUCUACUUCAACAUUGUGAAAUGUGCCAGCCCUUUGGUGCUGUUGGAGUUUCAGUGUCCCACCACACAGAUCUGUGUUGAAAAGUGCCCAGAUCGGUACCUCACCUACCUGCAGGCCUCCACAGGCGGCGCAGCCAGCGAGGAACUCAAAUACUAUGAGCAGUUUUGUGUCCCAGAAUUUAAAAACCGGAAGAAGGCCCUGAGUGCACCUGAAGUUUUGAAAGAUGAUCUGUGCCCAGCCAUGCUCACUCCAAGCAAACCCUUGGCUCGCAGAUGUCUACCUGCAGUCAGCUCGAAGAAAGGGGUCAUCAUGGUUGGGAACAAGACCACCUUUAAUGACGGAAAAGGACAUGAGAGGAAUGUGACGGAACUUCUGGAAGGGGCCAAAAAAGCAAAUGUGGUUCUAGAGGCAAGACAAGUGGCUAUGAAGAUCUUUGAAGAUUACACUGUUUCCUGGUACUGGAUAAUAAUAGGUCUGGUGAUUUCCAUGGUGGUCAGUCUCAUCUUUAUUGUCCUGCUCCGGUUCCUAGCAGGGAUCAUGGUCUGGGUGAUGAUUGUGCUGGUGAUCCUGGUGCUUGGAUAUGGAAUCUUUCAUUGCUACAUGGAAUAUGCCCAGCUGAAAGGACAGGCUGGUUCUGAUGUUUCCCUGAAAGAACUUGGGUUCCAGACAGAUCUCCGUGUCUACCUCCAUCUGAAGCAAACCUGGCUGGCCUUCAUGAUCAUCCUAUGCAUUGUGGAGGUUGUCAUCAUUUUACUGCUCAUCUUCUUGCGCAAGAGGAUUCUCAUUGCCAUUGCAUUGAUCAAGGAAGCCAGCAGAGCGAUUGGUCACAUCAUGACAUCCCUGCUGUUCCCUCUCUGCACUUUCUUCCUGGUGUGUCUCUGUAUUGCUUAUUGGGCCAGCACAGCUGUUUUCUUGUCUACCUCCAAUGAAGCUGUCUACAAGGUGUUCAACGAGACAGAGUGCAUUUACGCCAGAACGACCUGCAACCCAGAGACCUUCAAUACUUCCAAUGUCACCAAAGUGUGCCCAAGCGCUCGCUGCCUCUUUGCCUUCUACGGUGGCGAGAGCACCUACCACAAGUACCUCAUCAUCUUCCAGAUCUACAAUGUCUUUAUGUUCUUCUGGCUGGCAAACUUUGUCAUUGCCUUGGGCCAAGUCACGCUGGCCGGAGCCUUUGCCUCAUACUAUUGGGCCUUUAAGAAACCAGAUGACAUGCCAGCCUUCCCUCUCUUCUCCUCCUUUGGCAGAGCACUCAGGUAUCACACUGGCUCACUAGCCUUCGGCUCCCUCAUUCUUGCUAUUGUCCAGGUCAUUCGAGUCAUGCUGGAAUAUUUGGAUCACAGGCUAAAAGCUGCCGACAACAAGUGUGCCAAGUUCUUCUUGACUUGUCUCAAAUGCUGCUUCUGGUGCCUCGAGAAGUUCAUCAAGUUCUUGAACAGGAAUGCCUACAUUAUGAUUGCUAUUUAUGGCACUAACUUCUGCACUUCUGCAAGAAAUGCCUUUUUCCUGCUCAUGAGGAAUAUCGUCAGGGUUGCUGUUCUGGAUAAAGUCACAGACUUCCUGCUUUUCCUUGGCAAACUCCUGAUUGUGGGAAGUGUUGGUAUACUUGCCUUCUUCUUUUUCACCCAAAGGAUAAAAGUUAUUCAAGACACAGCACCACCCCUCAACUACUACUGGGUCCCCAUUCUGACGGUGGUUGUAGGCUCCUAUCUAAUUGCACACGGAUUCUUCAGUGUGUAUGCCAUGUGUGUGGACACACUCUUCCUGUGUUUCUGUGAAGAUCUGGAAAGGAAUGAUGGAUCUCCUGAGCGGCCUUAUUACAUGUCCCCCGCACUGAGUGAAAUCCUGCUGAAGGGAAGCCUAGAAUCUUCCAAAAGUGCUGAGAGCCAGGAAUAGGGACUGGUGCACGGAGUGGGAGAGGCACACACAGGUUCCCCACUGUGAGCCUUGUGCACACCUGCCUGGUCCGUGUGCAGGUGCUGUUCCUUCAUGGCUGCCCUGAGAACUGGUGCAAACCUCCUAGUUUUGCUGUUCUGGGAAACAGUGCUUCGUCUAGCAAGUGGGAGGCAAACAUUCUGGCGCCAGAGGAGCGGAAGCGGAAGUUCAAGGCUGAAUGUGUUUAAUGUCAGGAAAACUCGCCGCAUCUCCGUUGUUUGCACCCUGUGGUGCUGUUUUCUGCUCUCCCCAAAAUGCCAUCGCUAUAGCAAGUCUGGCUAUUUAACCGGUUGCAUAAAUAAGCAGAAUGCAUACAGUACAGAGUGGGUGCUGCAGAUAUUUACAUUACGUAUUGGAUCAUUUCUUGGACUUGCCCUUUCCUUGACUAGGCAGAUGUAGAACAGAGCCAUUUAUUUGGCUAUCGGUGAAUUUCGAGAGCAGAUGCUUUUGUCCAAAGGGACAAAAGAACCAAAAUUGUUGAGGUGCUAGGGAUAUCUUCGGCUGGUUGGGCUGGUUUUGAGUUGAGUCUACUUAGACGGGAGGCUUCGAAUUGCUUAGGACUUGCUUCCAGGCAGAAGUAAGUGGAGGAGGAAAGGGAUUCUAGCAGAGCAGCAAAGCGGGUAUGCAAAUGCAUCCAUGCAUUUAGUGUAAUGAUGUCUUGCCGAGAAGAGUUGCUUCUUUGUUUUGAAGUUCCUGCUGCAACUUUGUGGGGCUCAGCCAUUUCUCCCAGUAGCUUUGAGUUUCCUUCAUUUUCAGUUCCUUUACUUAUUUUGUUGAAAAGCAGUGUUCUGUGCAACCUGCAAGCUUGCUAUCCUGCUGGAUGAUCCCUUUUACUGAACUGGUCUGACACUCUAGCAUGCCAUUGAGAUUACAGUAGCUUGCAGAGUAAUCUUUAUCAAUAUACAACAUUUGCUUGUUUGUAACUGCUCUACAGCUUGUCUUGAUGUGGAAAGUAAUGGCUACUAAUAUCCCUAAUGGCUCUCUUCCUAGGCUAUGGUCCCAAUCCCACACAGCUAUGUAUGCUUAAGCCCACUGAAAUACAUAAGUUUUAGCAUACCAUACUGAACUAUAGUCAAAAUGUAGUGUUGAAAUUCCCAGUGUAGCCUUGAAAUUCCCAAUGUACAUCUUUGCAAAGUCCUUAAUUAAGCUAAUAAGGAUCUUGAAAAAUCUUUGACUGAUAUCUCCUUCCUAUGGCAGAUAAAGUAUUAGAUUUCCUUCCUCAAAAUACAACCCCCCUCUUGGUUUUUCAGUAUUGUAUAAAGCUGGAGUUUAUUUUUGUCUGCUUUACAAAAGUUUAUUAGCUGAACAUAGCAUAUGUCAGGAUAUUUAUUUCUUGUGCCAGAAAAACAAAUCUGGCUCCAAUCAUUGUAAAACUAAAGGGUUUUUUUGUUGUUGUUUUUGAUGGGGAUGGGGAUGGGGAGGGGAGUUAGCAAACAAUUGUGAAUUUGCUUAGGAAAGGAUAAAAAGGAAUUAUGUAGGUUUGGCAGAGGCUAGGCAGUCAGAAAGGAAAGUGGGGCAGACAGAACACUGUAUUGGGAGGUUUUCUUGAAAACACUUAAUACAUUCUGCAUCUUGUUCCACACGGCAUCAAACUUCCAGGUUCCAUCUCGGAAAACUCAGUGCCUUAUUAAAGAGAUACUUCAUUUAUGUUAGCUCUCCAGGUGUCAUGUGGAACAUUAUCCACUUCAAGUUUAUGGUCUGGAAUUACCUUUGAUUAAAUAUAAUUAUGAUAAGAUUUUUUUGAUUUUUUUUUGUCCCUGGCUUCUUGGUUAUCCCUGAGAGUUAAUUAUUCUGUAAACAUGCAAAAGAUAGCAUAGGGUCAAUUCAAAACAAAAUUAAAUGAAUGUUGACAAAGACUCACUAGUGAUCUUCAUCACAAUGAGAUGGAAACUUGUUUUUUUAAGAUGAAAUUGGAGACCAAAAAGCAUUAUAAAUUCUCGCAUCUGCAGUGUUUCAUGAGACAAUGGCCAGCCUGGAAACACCUGUGGCUAGUGGCAGGCAGUUGUUUUCUAAAGGAGCUAAAUGUAGUUGGAAGUGCUUUGAGAAAGGUUUUGCUUCCCAUGAUGUGUACACAUUUCUUCUGCCCCAGGGUUGUCUCUGGCUAAACAGG